AUGCAGGCCAUCACCGUACCACUGCAGGAGUUCCUCAGUAAGGUCAAAGACAACGCCAAUGUCUUCGUUCUUAGCAUUCUGGUUUAUUCAUAUCAUGUCCUUGACAAAGACUUCCCGUGCUCCUGUGGACCACAGCCUGGUUUCUGCAGCGCCUACAUGGUCAUGCCGUGUCUUAUCUUAACCGUCCUGAUGCUGUUGACUGAUCUGCCGUUUCAAAGGGCGUGGAGGUACACCAGGUCGAAGGGCUCCUGUCUUUUCGGUUACGUUUUGUUCCGUCGUACAGUGAGGGCGGUCUGUGUGGGUCUCCUGUGGAACACCUCGGUGCUCAUCGAUGCAGAGUGGUUCCUUUGCUGCUACGAUCAGAAUCCCAAAGAGGUAGCAGAUUCACAGUGUGGAAGCAAGACGGACAACACACCUGGAGACACACCUGUGGUGACCAUUGCUGAGAUGAAAAUUAAUUCAAGGAUGAUGGGCAUGGUGUUACUCUUUGGUAUCAUGUUCGUGGGCGCCAUCUUGCUGUCGAGCUGGACGGUUUGUGUUAACGACAACUGCUGCCUGAAAUGUUGCAGGAGAGAAGUCGAGGUUCAUGAGCUGGUUUUAGAAGCGGGGGAAGAAGUCGUGGUGAAGACGAUGAAAGAAAAACAACAAAGCCUGUUAAGAGAGAAAGUGGAGGAGUACAUGGCUGAAGGGAAGUGGGUCAGCUGUUUGGAUGUUGUUGAGGAAUUUAUCGACACAAUAGGAGAGGACAAGACAAAGCUCCAACAUGAGGACAACAGACAGCAGAGCGAUGAAGAAGACAGCUUUUGAUAUUACAAUCAGAUGGUCAUUUAUUGCGGUGGUCCGUAGCAUAGUGGUUUACACAAGCGCCCCAUGUAUAGAGGCUACAGUCCUCGCUGCGGUGGAGCCGGGUUCGAAUCCGGCCUGAGCUCCCUUUACCGCAUGUCCUCCCCUCUGUCACCCCCUUUCUAUCUGUCUCUCACUUUCAAUAAAGCAUGUAAAAAUGCCAAAAAAAUAAUC